AUGCCGGCCGGCUAUCGCCAAAAAUGGGGGCCCGUUAAAGCGGGGUGGUUGCUCCGAAAUUUAUACAGCAGAUUGGAUGAUGGAGAAUAUCAAAAAUGGAAUCCUACAGAACAACAAUUAAUAAGAUAUGGAUUUAAACAAGUUAUACUUAAAAAGUUGGAAAAUGUUGAAAAUACUAAUAGAAAUUGGUUUGAUGAGACCAUAACAUUUUACUAUGCCAAUAUAUUUAUUAUUUAUAAUCAAGUGAGAUUUGGCCUACAGAAGGUUUUAACUCAAGAUCCAUCAAAUGGAAAUUACAUACUUGUAAUGAGAAAAUUAAAUGCAAAUUUAAGAGAAUAUUUACAACAUAAUCAUAGUAAACUUACAUGGGAAGAAAGAAUUAAAAUCGUUAAUGAGGUAACAAUAGCGCUUAGUAGGAUUCACAGUGAAAAUGCUAUUCAUAGAGAUUUACAUUCAGGAAAUAUUUUAUAUAAUCAAUAUAAAAAUUUUUGGCAUAUUAGUGAUCUUGGAUUUUGUGGACCUGCUGAUAAACCACUAAAAAGUAUAUAUGGAAAUCUUCCUUACAUAGCACCAGAAGUUAUUGCUGGAAAAGGAUAUACUUUUGCAUCUGAUAAUUAUAGUAUUGCAAUGAUAAUGUGGGAAAUUUCAUCUAAACUACCACCUUUUGCUAAUUAUGAAAAUGAUUAUAAUCUUGCAAUGGAUAUUGUUAAUGGUAUGAGACCAAAGAUUGUAUCAGGAACUCCUUUAAAAUAUAAAAAAUUAAUGGAACAAUGUUGGGAUGCUGAUCCAACAAAAAGACCUGAUAUUUUUACAAUUAGAGUUAAAAUAAGAGCAAUUAAUAAGUUAUGUUACCAAAAUACUAUACGAGAUGUACCAAAUGAUAAGAUUUAA